AUGACUAUUGCUGAAAUAACAAUGGAACUCAUUACCUCUGAAGAAGAGCAAACACUAAUCGCUGAUGUCUUCUCAGAGCCCUCACUGACCACAGCCCUCAUGGCCUUGACUCCUCCACUUGCAGAACCUUGGAUGGCCGUGAGGCUGGUGAAUGGCACAGGGAGGUGCUCAGGCCGAGUGGAGGUUCUUGUUCAGGGCACAUGGGGGACUGUGUGUGAUGACCUCUGGGACCUGGUCGAGGCCACAGUCGUGUGCUGCCAGCUGCAGUGUGGUCAGGCCGUGGCGGCACCCACAGGAGCCCACUUCGGGGCAGGCUCUGGGAAGGUCGUGCUGGACGAUGUGCAGUGUGCGGGCAGCGAGAGCCACUUGGGGCAGUGUGCGCACAGGGGUGAGGCUGGGCACAACUGUGGACACCUGGAGGAUGCCAGCGUCGUGUGCGCAACAAUAUACCCUAAUGUAAGCUCUCUGACCUCAGAGAGCUAGGUCUCCAGUCUUUCUCUUCCUCAUACCUCCCCAGGAGCCUCCAUGACCGUGAGGCUGCUGAAUGGCACAGGGAGGUGCUCAGGCCGAGUGGAGGUUCUUGUCCAGGGCACAUGGGGGACCGUGUGUGAUGACCUCUGGGACAUGGCCGAGGCCAUAGUCGUGUGCCGCCAGCUGCAGUGUGGUCAGGCCGUGGCGUCACCCACGGGGGCCCACUUUGGGGCAGGCUCUGGGAAGAUCGUGCUGGACGAUGUGCAGUGUGCGGGCAGCGAGAGUCACCUGGGGCAGUGUGCACACAAGGGUGAGGCUGGGCACAACUGUGGGCACCUGGAGGAUGCCAGCGUUGUGUGCGCAGAACCCAGAAAUAAACCUACUCAACAGAUCUUUGACAAGGGUGACGUGUUAACAGCAGCCGUGCCCACCACAGAGCCUGUGGCACUUGUCGCGACGACCAAUCCAGCAGUUUUACUUCAGGACAUCUAA